GGUGCAUAGGUCCAUCAGCGAAAUCUGUCCCCUGUGUUAUUAUUGUUGGCAAAAGAGCAUCUGCGUACACUGUAAAGUCGUGUACACAACGUUUGCUACCAUCCUUUCGAAAACUUUACAAUAAUGCCGUCGGGAAAAAACUUUAGAAGGAGAAGAGAAAGCUCUUCGGAUGAAGAGGAAGACGAGAUAACAGCUGAAGUUAGAUCGAAAUUGGACGAAGCUAAAGAACUUCAGAGUUUACGGAAAAGACAGACUGGAGUUAGCGUGGCCGCAUUGUUGGAGGGGGAGAAACUUCGCUUGGACGAAGGGGGUGAUAAUGACCCUUUUAAAUUGAAGACGGGGGGGGUUGUUGACAUGAAAAAAGUUAAAGACCGGGCCAGAGACAUGACCGAUGACGACACAGGGGACCUUAAUUUGGGCACCUCUUUCUCUGCCGAGACCAACAGACGAGAUGAAGAUGCCGACAUGAUGAAGUACAUUGAGACAGAGCUGAAGAAGAAGAAGGGCUUGGUGGAAGCGGAGGAGCAGAAGGUAAAAGUGAAGAACGCUGAGGACCUCCUGUACGAGCUGCCGGAGAACAUCCGAGUCAACUCGGCCAAGAAGACUGAAGAGAUGUUGUCCAAUCAGAUGCUGAGUGGGAUCCCCGAAGUUGACCUUGGCAUUGAUGCUAAGAUAAAGAACAUCAUCUUCACAGAGGAGGCCAAGGCCAAGCUGCUACAGGAUCAGAGGAACAAGAAGAAGGACAACGGUACCUCCUUCGUCCCCACCAACAUCGCUGUCAACUACGUCCAGCACAACCGCUUCUACCGUGAAGACGUGAACGCCCCACAGAGACACCACAACAGACACAAACCAAAGGAGCCAGAGGCCAGGCCUCUUCGUGUGGGUGACACAGAGAAACCAGGACCAGAGGCUGUGGAACCAGCCAACCAUCGUAAGAGGCCUAACAACGAGAAGGCCACGGACGACUACCACUACGAGAAGUUCAAGAAGAUGAACCGUAGAUACUGAGGAUAGAUUUGCCCUUUGACUGGAAUUUGGAUAAUCUCCAUUGAACAUGAUUUUUAGUCUAGGGCUAGGCUUAGUUUUUCCUUUAGAAAAAACAUCUAUGCCCAUUUGUAUAAAUAGCCCCUUCUGCUUUUUGUUUCCAGCUUUUGUUGUUUUGUCUGGGACUCGAUUGAUGUAGUGCAUUCUAUCAAUAGCAUGUGAAAUGUCAUACAUCUGAAUGAUUUGUCAUUCCAUCCUUGGUUUCUACAAUAAAUGUACCAUGUUCUCUUUGACAUUUGUCAGAACAAAACCA